CCUGCUAUCAGCAGAAAGUCUAAGCAGAGGUACUGGCUGCAUAGUACAGACUCAGCCCAGACUGACGUCACCCACCCUGAAGCAGCAGCAGGACCAGAAGUGAUUGAAUGCACACAACAGACGGGCAGCCUCUCAUCUCAUUGCCUGCAAACCACUGCUAAUGCAAGAUAGGAACACGAGCGAAAGAGGCAGCUCACACACUUCAUCCCUGCUGCUGCUUAUGUGAUCGGUCUGCUAAGAGAAAACAAUCAAAGGAUCUGAUGGUGCAUGUAAGGAUUAAGAGAUGCGAAAGAGGAAUUACUAGCCGCUCCGUACUGCUUUACUGUUUGGCAGGAUUGUGAUGGCAAAGAAGGGUGUUGCCGUAAUCUUUUAAAAUCAGCUACAGAAGUCACAUGUACCGGGUUCCCGAGUCUCAGCACUGGUUUAUUUUUGUUUAUUUUUUUAGAGUGAUGCUCGCUGUUUUUCCUGAGAGAUUUGUCUGUGACAAGAAGAAAAACUGCAGGUUGCUGCAUUGAUUGUGGUUUAGUUUUUUGCUUUAAGAUGGGAAUUACUUGUAGUAUUUGUAUUUCAAUCUUUUCAUGACCACACAGGAAAGGACCUAUAUGCACCUAUAAUGGGAUAUUUGUAAACACUGUAUUCGUAAGACUGUAGCUGACAAAAAGCAGUGGCUGUGGGGAACUUGAUUUGUGACAUUGGGUUACCAAAAGAAGAUCGAAAGCGGUUAUUACCAUAAAUACACAGACCUGAACAGUGCAAGAUUUUCUGAUGGUCAGGCAGGCUAUACUUAUCUCAUGGUUUGAUUUUGUCACUGAGCUAAGGAAAUAUAAGAUCAUUGCAGGCAAGAUUGCUACAAGAGAUCAUUGUUUCCAGUUGAUGCCACCUAGGGGCGCUAUAUCAUUCUCUCCAUUGCUUACCCUUGAGAUCAGGUGCAUAGAAAAACAAGCGGGGAUUUUGAUCUUCACUGCUGUUUAAUAUUCCUAAUUCACUGGACAAGCAUAAGUACAAGCAUAUCACUGCUUUCUGCUGUUACUAAAGCCUGUGCACACAUAUAUUUUAUCGUAAAAAUCCAUGUGUUUACUUACCUACACAUUCAUUGUGAUCUUUUUCAUUGAUUACAACUGAGUCAGACCUCUCAGGUAUAUAAGGAUAAUUAAACAUAAGGAUAAGGGAACCAUAUCUUACAUACAAAAUGACUCACUUGCAGGCUGGAUUGUCGCCUGAGACAUUAGAGAAAGCUCGGUUGGAGCUAAAUGAAAACCCAGACACCUUACACCAAGAUAUCCAGGAGGUAAGGGACAUGGUUAUUACACGACCAGAUAUAGGUUUUCUCAGGACUGAUGAUGCCUUCAUCUUGAGGUUUCUAAGGGCGAGAAAGUUUAACCACUUUGAAGCUUUCCGUCUACUGGCCCAAUAUUUUGAAUACCGCCAACAAAAUCUGGAUAUGUUCAAGAACUUCAAGGCCACAGAUCCUGGAAUUAAACAGGGACUCAAAGAUGGCUUUCCUGGGGUACUGUCAAAUCUUGACCAUUUUGGUCGAAAGAUCCUAGUACUGUUUGCUGCCAACUGGGACCAAAGCAGGUAACGUUUGGUUGAGAAGGGACAAAAGUACAAAUCAAUAUUACACAUGCUGUUAUUUUAGUAUCUGUCAG